AUGCACAUCGACGGGCCACUGGCCCAGUACCUCACACCUGACGGUGAGGCCGACCCAGGCCCCCUGCAGCCUAAUGACGAGGUUUCCCCUUCCCCCCCCAUGCCCGGCCCCAUGCUGGCAGAUGGACCAAUGGAGGGGUUGGAGGAGACUUUGAGGACAGAGCCCCGCGAGGGCGCCCCCAUCCUUACCCCCCGUCCUCCAGCCCACCCCCCCCCAAGAGCACCACAUCCCAACCCCCACCCUCAGGGGCUCCCUCUAGCAUCCUGGGAGGCAGCCAAGGCCCUUGCCUUCUUGGCGGAGCCGUGCUCCCCGACCCCUACGCUGUUCCAUGGCCAGCCCCCCCUUCUUUCCCCAACGCCUGACCCCACGCUUGCAGGCGGUCCACCGGGAGAGCGCGCGGGGCAGCACACUUCUGCCCCCACCCUCAGGGACUCCCCCGAGGACCACCGCCUCGACCCCCACCUACAACCCCCUCUCCUGGCCCGGUUCCCCACGAGUGGCCCCGUUGGACAGCCAUCGCCCCCCACGCACAGCCCACCCGGUCUGUCCCCACGGAGGCCCCCCCUUCCUUCACAACCAGGCAGGGACAACGAAAACCAGGGUGGCCGCCGACGGAAGAACAAAGGCAGAGGAGGCAGAGGGUCAGCCCACCUACUGCCCCCUCCCUCCCUCCCCCACCAGGAGCCCCUCCUCACCCCACAUCCCGCUGAACCUGCACCAGACCCUACCCCUACAGGCCGACCACCAAACUUACACUCCCUUCCCGCACCUGCACCUCCACAGGGCCAUAGGAGCGGACCAGCCCAUUCAACCCCGGGGCGCCUCUCCCUUCCUCUAAACCCCCCCCAGGUGGCGGCAGCCGCGUGCGCUGCCGGGAUGGAGGCCGACGGGAUGAGGGAUGCGGCCAUGGUAGACGCCACCAACUCCCCCUCCCAUGCCUCCCACCCCAACCAUGUCGACGGCCCCCUACCGCAACCCAUGGUGAUUGGGGAGGGCCAAGGGGGCUUUCUAGGGCAGGGCGCGUCACUCCCGUCCCCGAUGGAGACGGACCUGGUUCCGAGGCCGUGUCACUCGCACCUAGACGUGGGGGCGCCUCCCCCCGUUCAGCGCGUUGCCGACACACUACCCGUGGCGCAGGAGGGCACCAACUUUAGGGAUGAGGCAUCCGCCCCUGCCGAGACCCCUCCGCCUGGGGUAGCAGAGCCGCCACUUGGAACGCACCCCGCCGAGGGACAGGGGCACACCACGGCACACACUUCAGGCUCACCUCCACGUCCCCCCUCCCUAGCUUCGGGACCGGUACCGCCACGAGGCCCGGCCCCAUCCUGUGUGGCACCACCUCCAACUUCUCCGACACCCCCCCUGCACGGGGCCGGUGAGUCCUCUCCUCCCCUUAUCCCAGGCGAUCCUGUUGGAGCUCAGGCCGCCCAUGGGGUCCCCUCUACAGCCAGUUCUGACGCCACGGCCCCGAUUGACCCCACCGACACGGCGACAUCACCCGACCAGGUCGUGAGAUGCCCCACCUGCAGGAGCUCUCUCGCGAACCGACGUGCACUUCAGCACCACACGCCCUUCUGCCAUCCUGCGGACGCAGCUCGUAGGGCACAGGCCCAUCCCUCUCGGAGCCACAGGGGACGAGGACGCAUUUCACAGAUGCACAGUAGUAGACGUUGGACUCCUUCGACUGGUCGGAGUAUUUCUCGCCAGAGCGCACCCACGCCCGCCCUCUCCGACGCAUUCCUCCUGGGGUCCGCGGAGGAUAUCUUGACGUCCUCUGCACGAUCUUAG